AUGAGCGUCUUGAAGGAUACCUCGACCGUAAAUGAAGAGGAUGCCAACCUUCUCGUAUUAAUAAUUGAUACAAAUCCAAUUGUAUGGAAUAAGUCAAACUUUCCCCUGAAAGAGGCUCUACGUCACAUUUUGGUAUUCAUCAACGCUCAUUUGGCUCUAAAACACGAUAACGAUGUUGCAAUAAUUGCUAGUCAUGUUGGUGUCAGCAAAUUCUUAUAUCCAAUACCGACACAUGAAAAUUCGGAUAAAACGAUCUUUCCUAAUAUGUAUCAAAAAUUUCGAGUUAUUGAUGAAAAAGUAAUAGCCAAUAUGAGUGCGUUAUUUGAAGAUGUCGAUACACCAAAUAAUUAUCCAGAUAAAGCAAGUUCUAUGGUCGCAGGAGCGUUAUCUAUGGCGUUAUGUUAUAUCAAUCGUAUUACGAAAGCUGAUGAAAUCGGUCAUGUAAAAUCUCGUAUAUUGAUCAUUUCAGUAUCCCCGGAUUCUCCUUAUCAGUACAUAUCUAUAAUGAAUUGUAUUUUUUCCGCACAAAAAUUGUGUAUUCCCAUUGAUGUCUGUAAAGUCCAUGGAACUGAUACUCCGGUAUUUUUGCAACAAGCAUCGCAUAUAACUGGUGGAAAGAGCGUGUGGACUUUGGAGCGGCCUGUUUCUGUCAUAAAAAGAUUAUCGAUGUUGGAUAUGUAUGCUCAGUUUGUUUGUCAAGUAUCCUUAAUUUAA